AUGACGGUGACCCAAUUCAGAGAACAAGCUUUGGAGGACGCUAGGUUUAGAUCAGGGUAUACGGCGUUCAUUGAUAACGGGAAGCAGGCUCUGAGGCGGGCUUCUUGGGAACACCGGGAUGAUCAUGAGUUUGAUUGGAGUCAAUGGACUGAUCCUCUCGAUGAAAGACUCACUGAAUUUCUGCGCGCUGAGAGACCAUGCGCUGAGCAUUCACAGAGCUCUGACGUUGAUCCACCUGACGGUUGGUCUGACAACGAAGACCAAAAUGCGCACGGUGUUCAACCCAUAUAUGACGAUCAACUUGGGAUCAAUAAUUCCGACACCGAGGCCAGUCUGACGAUGCAAAUCAAGAUACAUACGGCGUCCAACCGCGACAACCAAAAUGACUCUGGGAAUCAGUCUGAAAGCGAGCAAGAGUCUGAAAACUAUGACGAACGUGCAACCGAGGACCAGUCAGAUAAUGAGCAGCAGUCUGAGAAAGAGACCGAAAACUUCGAUAAGGGUUCCUUCACUAUUGAAGACCAGUCUGAGGAUGAGAAUGAGUCCGAAGAUGAAGAGGAGUCCAAAAGUGAUGGUCAAUCUGAGAGCGAGAACGGGUACAACAACAGUGAUCAGUGUGCAGACGGGGAAGAGUAUGCAAGCGAAGACCAGUAUGAGUUCUCGGACCAGGAUCAAGAUGUAGACUAG